CGGAUCGAAUAAUCACCAAGUAGAGCUGAAUCAGAAAAGGUCUCUUCUUCAAGAAACAAGAUGAGUUCCAUCCUCACGCCAGUGUCCCUAACCUUGUCCCUUUUGUUGACCCUCUUCCUCACUUCCAUCCAUGCAGCUACUUUUGACAUUGUCAACCAGUGCACGUACACCGUCUGGGCCGCUGCGUCGCCCGGGGGUGGGCGCCGGCUUGACCCUAGCCAGACAUGGUCCUUGACUGUGAACCCCGGCACGACCAUGGCCCGCAUAUGGGGCCGGACCAACUGCAACUUUGACGCCAACGGCCAAGGCCAGUGCGAGACUGGUGACUGCAACCGGCUCCUGGACUGCCAGGGCUGGGGAAGCCCGCCCAACACUCUGGCCGAGUUCGCCCUGAACCAGCCCAACAACGUGGACUUCCUGGACAUAUCGCUCGUCGACGGAUUCAACAUCCCGAUGGACUUCAGCCCCACCACUGGUGCAUGCCGCGGGAUCAGGUGCGCGGCUGACAUUAACGGCCAGUGCCCGGCGGAGUUGAAGGCGCCCGGUGGCUGCAACAACCCGUGCACAGUGUUCAAGACCAACGAGUAUUGUUGCACCAAUGGUCAAGGAAGCUGUGGCCCGACUACUUACUCCCAAUUCUUCAAGACUAAUUGCCCAGAUGCUUAUAGCUAUCCUCAAGAUGAUCCAACCAGCACAUUCACUUGCCCAAGUGGUACCAACUACAAAGUCACCUUCUGCCCCUAGAGGAGAAAGACUUUACGCAGAAUAAGAAUAAUGAGGGGGGAUUAAUAAAGUAGCUCAUGAGCACAAUUUAUAAAUCGUUGUACUCUUCCCUACUUAAAUAAUAUUAUCGUCCAUGAUUUGUAAGUGACGAUGAUAAUGAUAAUAACGCAAGUAAGUCUUC